CAGCCGCACGAGCCUCUGAUAGCCUUAGCUGCCUUAUAAUUUUUCAGUUUUUGAGAUAUUGGAAGUGGCAUUGGAUAUUUUGGUCUAAUUUGGAAGGAGCAUAAUAAAGCAUGGUGAGGUAAAAGCCCGUCCUACAACGCCGCCAUGUCGUCGGUUAUGGGCUCGAUUCGUCACCGCGUUCAGCGGUUGGCAGACAGGUACGGAGCCCAGAGCGGCAACGAAUCGGAACCGGAAGAACCUCAUCUCAGCGAUGGUCAGCAACUGACGAUGUCUAAUGAAGCCUGGGACGUCUUCCAGACAGUAUCACGUGACAGCGGCCAUGUUGCCGGGGGUUGUUUCCAGACACCUCUGAAGAUUAUAAAGAUUUGCGCGUACAUGUUUUUCUUUACUGUAGCUGUGGCUUCUUUGUUCACCAGCAAAGUAACACUGUUAAUGAUGACAACCGGAGCAGGGGAUACAUUAAAGAGUAAAUACGAACGCGAUCUGAUUGUAGUUAUGCUGGUGAUCGCAGUCAGUAUGCCAAACGUCUUCGUCUUCGUGGAGAGCCUUUUGAAAUCCAUGUUCGGUAAUACCAGCUGGCCUUCUUUCGGGUCUAUAUUUGCAAUUAUACUUACUGAAAGUUGCCACACAUUCGGAUUGUGUAUAUUUGUUUUCCGUGUGCUUCCAAAAUUCGAUAUAAUCCGGGCACUUUUACUUAUGAAUGCCUCGUGCUUCAUCCCGGCACUCUUCAAACUUUUGUUUUCAAAAGUCGGGCGCGGACCAAUUACGAUAGUGUUUGACAUUCUGGCCACUGUUAUGCAAGCCUCCAUGUUUUUCCUGGUCACGAGGUUCCUGACACGUGACAAGACAGCCCUGCAGGGGGUUUCAGAAGUCGCACAGGUUCCCGCUGCCCUCGUUCUGAUAUCAAUCAGAUAUUGGGAAAACUAUAUCGACAGAGACAUAUUCAACAUUCCUGUCCAGGCUUUUAAGCAAUCGAUUCGCCGUGGUCGAUGUAAGUCAUACAUCAUUGCAAGUCUGUGGAAGAUCGGCCUGACGUUUGCAUUUGCCUACAUACUGAUUCCGCAUAUGACGCCAUUCGCUGACAUUGUCCAUAACAUAAAGAACGAAACACUUUAUCUUAAUAAAACAAGCGCUACUGACGAUGGAGGCGUGCUUUCCGCUGUUCCACCCGGUGACACCUUUGUCACGAACCCAGUAGAUAACGACAUCUAUGGAAAUAAUAUUGUCUCAAACACGGGAUCCCCAGACUUAUACUCGGACUAUGAUUUCGCCCCAUUUGGCGGAAGGAGAAAACGGCAAGCAAACGGGACAGGUGAACCUACGAAGGAUGUUGGCGGAGGGCAAGCGGGAGGGGACACAGCCCCGCCCGCCAACAGUGACGACACAAACUUCAACAACUACGAUUAUUAUAACUACGACGAAUACUACAAUACCAAAGCGUCAGCGGCACCAGCGGAAAUUGAUGAGACGUUUCUCCGCUUCUUGCCACUGAUUGUCCACGCGUUUUCUGGAGGUAUUUGUUGGUAUUUUGCAAGGUUAUCCUGUAAGCUUUGUAUGCAGCAAUUUGGUUUUACAUUCCCGCUGUCGUUAUCGACGCCAGCGACCAUGGGGAUCUUUCUGUAUUUGUGCUACGCCCAAGGAUGGGGGAGGGUCUUACUGCCUGACCUAGACAUUGGCUACUGGAAAUGUACUGAAAGUUGGCACUCAUCAACGUUCCCGUGGCAAAUUGCUUGUGGAUUGGGUCUGUGGUGGCUUUCACAACUUUGGGUUGCUUCUCACACGUGGUUUCCACGAAGUGAGAGGUUGGCAAAAGUAGAAAGACUAUUUGUCCUUCCUCAGUACUGCGGUAUAUUCUUAGAACAGUCCUUACUGCUAAACAGACGAAGGAACGACGAGGAUGAGUUUGUGAAAGCAAAUCGCCCGACAAAACUGAACAUUGAACCCACGGCAGACGACAGUGCCUCCCAGGUGGACUCGGUGUCAGACGACCGCGGCUUCACGGCACGUGACCGCGUAAAUUCCCGGAUAUACGUCUGCGCAACAAUGUGGCACGAGACAUCGAACGAAAUGGUACAGAUGUUGAAGUCUAUCAUGAGAAUGGACGUUGACCAGAGUGCGAGGAGUAAUGCUCAGGAAUACUUCGGCAUUACGGAUCCCGACUUUUAUGAAUUUGAAGCUCAUGUGUUCUUUGAUGAUGCAAUGGAAGACACAGCAGAGGGUGAGAAAGCCUGUAACAUCUUCGUUAAACAGAUGGUGGAUGUCAUAGAGUUGGCUGCAACGUCCAUCCAUCAGGCCGCCAUGGUGAUAGCGCCCCCUGUAAAGACACCCACGCCGUACGGCGGACGCUUGACCUGGACGCUCCCCGGGGGUAACCUGCUCUACGUGCACAUCAAGGACAAGAACAAGAUACGGCACAAGAAAAGGUGGUCGCAGGUAAUGUACAUGUACUACCUUUUGGGUUACCGUCUAAUGGGCAACACGGAUGAAGGUAUAUACUACGGUACGUCGGACGUUGGAGGUAAUAAAGCCACGCAGCCUGACAUGGACAAUCCCAUCUACCAGAGAAGUAGGAUAUUCCGCCAUAUGAAUCACGUCCAGCGACUACAGGCUGAGAACACAUACUUGCUUACCCUGGACGGAGAUAUCGACUUCAAGGCAGAAUCGGUCACUUUGCUGGUGGACAGGAUGAAGAAGAACAAGAAAGUGGGAGCGGCUUGUGGACGUAUUCAUCCCAUCGGCACUGGCCCCAUGGUGUGGUAUCAGAAGUUCGAGUACGCCAUUGGUCACUGGCUGCAGAAGGCUGCCGAGCACAUGCUGGGAUGUGUACUGUGUAGCCCGGGCUGUUUCUCUCUGUUCAGAGGAUCCGCCAUCAUGGAUGACAACGUUAUGCGCACGUACGCCACCAAGUCCACUGAGGCACGCCACUACGUGCAGUACGAUCAAGGUGAAGACCGCUGGCUGUGCACUCUUCUCCUGCAGCAAGGCUACAAAGUGGAAUACUGCGCAGCUGCCGACGCCUCAACCUACGCCCCUGAAACAUUCCGGGAGUUCUACAACCAGCGCCGUCGUUGGAUCCCGUCCACUCUGGCCAACAUGAUGGACCUGUUGUCCGACUACAACCACACCGUGGGGGUCAACGAUAACAUUUCGUACCUGUACAUCUUCUACCAGGCUGUCGUCAUGGGUGCCAGUCUGCUCGCGCCGGCCACCGUUAUCCUCAUGGUCGCGGGUGCCAUCCAUGUCGUCAUUGGCGGGAACCUCUACUGGCUGUGGCUAGGCAUAUCCGUUGGUGCUGGAGUUUUCUUCAUGAUCGUCUGCUUUCGAAGUAAAUCAGGGACGCAGAUCACCGUGGCAGCCUAUAUGAGUACGUUUUACGCCAUUCUCAUGUUGGCCGUCACGGUCGGUAUUGUGGUUCAGACGGCACAGGACACUUGGACCAGUCCAAACGCCAUGUUCAUCAUUGUUCUGAUAGGGAUAUUCCUCUUAGCCGGGCUGUUGCAUCCUGAAGAAUUCCUGUGUCUCGUUCCGGGAACGCUUUAUUUUCUAUGCAUCCCGUCGGGUUUCUUGUUGCUGUUUAUCUACUCGCUCGUGAACAUGAACGUGGUCUCGUGGGGCACGAGGGAAAUGCCGAAAGUGGACAGCAAGGAUGAGCGGAAGGACCUGAAGGAACAGAAAGGAGGAUGCGGCUCAUCGAAGGAUUUCCUCUGCAACUUCUGCUGCUGUAUCAAAAGGAAGAUCAGCAAUAUGUUCGGCGCGACAGAAUCGAACGCUCAGCAGGCUGUGCCGCAGAAGGAAGAGAUAGUCAGAACUGUAAUGGAAGAGCUCGAAAAAAUAGAGGCCGCCACCAACAGGAGUGACCGGUCUGGAGGUUAUGCUACCCCCAAUGCCAGGACCUAUAUGACGACCGAAGAGGCCCGAAACCCGCCGCCAAUGUUCGGUAGCAGCACGGAGCGCACCCAGAGCAUCAUCAGACAGCUGAACAGCAUACACCGAGACAUGAACCGACUUCCAGAAGAUGACAACAUAGACAAGUACAAGGAUUCCGAGUCCAUUUACGCAGCCGGCAGACCAACCUCCGCCUACAGAGAUCCUUACUAUCACCACACCUCCAGCGAGCCUCGUAUCCAGAGAGACGACCUAGUCAAUCCAUUUUGGAUUACUGAGAAAGAGCUAAAGCGAGGUCCGGUGAGAUAUCUCGACAACAGUGAAACGCAAUUUUGGCAAAAACUCAUCGAGAAAUAUCUCUACCCGCUUAACCACGACAAAACGCACGAGAAGAAGAUCAGCGUUGACCUAAAGCGCCUUCGCAACAACGCAUCCUUCCUGUUCUUCAUGCUGAACUUUCUUUGGUUGUUCAUCAUCUUUCUCCUGCAGAUCGUCCAGGAUCAGUUGAAAGAAACGCUCUACAUCCGCGUUCCAAGGGCCAACGGGGAGGGCGAGCAGCGCCAUUUUGAGCCUCUCAGCGUCGCCUUCCUUGUUUUCUUCGCUCUGAUCAUCCUGAUCCAGUUCAUCUCCAUGUUGUUCCACAGGUACGGCACCUUCCUCCACAUCCUUUCCUCCACCAGCCUCAGGUGCUGUAGCAAGAAGUACCAGCCCAUAGGCGUGGAGGAGGUAGUCGACGCGGUCAAAGAGCUUCAGAAGAUCCGCGGAACCGUCAUGGACGAGGACAUGGAGUCGCAGUACGAUUUCCCAGACGUCGACAUCGAAGAUACCAACCCGGAUAUUGUCAGCUCCAGCGGGGUGGACAGCCAGAGACGCAAGCGCCCCAAACAUUACUCAAACAAGACUCUAAAAGGGGCCUUUGUAAAGCGAUACAACGCGCUGUCCAAGAGAAGCGUCAGUAACAAGGGGCAAAACCGACGUCCAGGCGUCGCUGAGGUCUUCGACAAUAUGGCGUUUGAGGACAAUCUGUAGCUGUAGCACGCACAAAUUUCUCUGCAAUUUACUCAC